CUUCUUCUUCCUCCUCACCCCUGGAGCUCCCGAAAAAGAAGCCCAAGCACCGACUUCCAUUCCUUGGAAAAAAAAAAAAAACUGGUAAAAGCUUGGGGAUUUCUCCUUCUUUUCUUGUUCUAGAACACAUAUAGAACCCAGAAAUCUUCCCCCUGCAGAGAAAUUUCCAGAUCUGCUCUGCUCUUCCUCCCCUGUCUGCGAGCUGUAGCUUGUGGUGCGAAUUUCUGGGCUUUUUUUUCUGUUGCCAUGAGUUCCUCCAUUUCUUUUUCCCGUCGGCUUCCUUCCCAGCCGGACCUUGUACUACUUGCUGGAAGAUUUUGGGAAACGAAGCCAAGGACAAGGAAAAACGAGGGGAGUGACGAGUUAGAAGGCUAGCCAUCUUGUAAAUUGAAUAUAGAUUUUAGAUAUAAAUCAUGAUCUUGUAAGCUAGACUUUAUUUGGAGAUUUUAUGAUAUCAAGGCAAAUUUUAAAAUUUUAUCUUUAGAUUUUGUGGUAUCAGAUUAUGGACUGAAAUUGAAUCCAGAAGUCUCCGCCUUGCAGAAAAAUUUUGGUUCUGCUCUGCUUUGUUUCUUCCAUCUGCUACUCCUGCUUUGUUGGGGCGAAUUGGUCUGGUUUCUGGUAAGAAACAACCAUUAUUUUCUUUGCUCUUCCUUGAAUUUAAUUGGGUUUACUUUAAUUUCUCUUGGUUUCUCCAAUUUUCAGUAAAUUGCAUGAUUUAUU